CUCUUUUUGUCUUUUUCGCAGUAUUGUUGGCAGCCAAAUGUGCUCAGCGAUGUCUAGCCGCGUCUCGAGCCGCGUGUCUAGUGCCGUCGCGACGCCCAUCAGCAGUCGCUCGCGUCGCAACUCGACAUCGACGUUCUCCACCGCCCUCGGCCUCGCCAAGAUGCUCAACGAGCGAGGCAUCAAGGCGGCCACGCCCUCUACCCUAGGGUCACCUGUCUAUUCGCCCACCGCCACGCCAGCUAACAGCCCAGACCAUUCACCACCUUCCAGCCCGGACCGUUCGCGGUCUCCCUCGCCCGGGGGCGGAGUCACUGCCCCAGGCGGCGGCUACUCGUCCCCUCUCGGCCUGCCCGGCUUCCUCAUGAGUAGCGGCGCAGAAUUGUUGCGCAGAACCCUCGUUGGCACGCACAAUUCUCGGCAGCAGGAGAGGCAUCAUCAGCGUCGUAGCCGAGAGAGGACAAGGGCGCUUGUUUGUCAGAAUAAGAAGACGAACAUCGGCCUAGUCGAAACCCUAGAACGGAUCGGCCUUGAACCAUCAUGUCUCCGGCCUCCUCUGCCUCCUCCUCCACCUCCUCCACGCCCGCCCAGCUACAGGGUGUGCUCACCGAACGCAGCAACCCUCCCGGGUUCCCCCCCUAGUCGAUGACGUCAUCACAACGGGAAUGGGGGUUCCCGGUCGACCGGGUACCAGCGUGCUACAGGCCCGGC